UUGUAAAAAACCGUAUCGUCAAAAUUACUCUGGUGAGCGAUGUGGCCCAUGGGCCUCUUGUUUUAAUUUCAAUUUAAACGGUAAAUAUAACGAACACUGAUCGAUCAAAUGAAAUCUACAAACAAAUCUACAAACAAAUCAUCAAAAAUACAAACAUGUGUAAAGGGCAUAAGACAGGGACAACUGGAAUGAAGGACCAUGUGGUCACAUGUUAAGAUCUUACAUCGGGAUUCAAAUUUUACACGAUGCAUGUAUACAGGGAAUAAAACUUCAUUUUCCAUAGUAGGAAGCCGUGUUGCACUCUGUAUAAUAUUUUAAAACAUAUUAAUGUUGAAACAUUCCUAAUGGCAUGUUUCAAGUACAUGUAUGUAGAUUCUGCCAUUCCUCGGAGUUACAGUUGUAGGGCCAGGAUUAUUUUAGUCGAUGGUGUCAUUAUUACAUGUGUAGGCCGCUUUUUGGUUUUAAGAUACAUAUUGAUUUUCCCCUUACUCCCCUUUUAUCUAUUAUUAUUGGUGAGUAAUUGUUAUAACAAAAGAAAUAUAAUUAUUUAUUUUUUGUAUAAUACAGACAGUGAGGACAAAUUAGUGCCAGCGGGAUUCUUCUCCGAAUCUGAAGGAUUUGUCCAAUUUUGGAAGAACCAUUGUAAGCGGAGAAGCAUACAUCCUACUGAUUGGUCUAAUGGAGUCGGUGAUGGAGAAACGAAAAGAUUUUUCUCUGCAUACACAAUUCUUUCUGGAUACGAGGAAGAAUUUCUAAAAUUGCCUCUAAACAAGUCAAAAUGUAGCAUACUUAUACUCAUUUUGCUGUCAGAGAGGUAUAGCAUUUUAUGUGAGGAGAAAUUGAUGAAAGAGAAAGUCGAACAAAUACAGCAGACCUUCAAAACACUGAAUGGUUCAGAUGAAGGAAUGUCUGAUAAUACGUUGCUCAUACAAGAAUUGAUAAACAAUGAUAAAAUGCUGACAAUAAAUAGAGAGAAACAGACACUAGAGUUUAUAUCAGAGGAUAUUCGUCAUCAGGUGAUGGGAUACUUUGUUCUGAACUGUUUAAAAUCUGAUGAGGACUACAAAAACUAUUUCAAAUUGUCAUCAUUUGACUCAAUGUUUGAUUACGUCCGAACUUUUGAUUAUGAAGUGGGAGAAAGAAAAAAUAUUUCCUUCUUACUGGCGGAGACGGAGGACACCUUUGUAAGAGAGUCUGGAAUAAAAUACGAAGGUAAAGGAGAAAGAUGUUUAUACAUACCGAUGACGUUGGAGGAAACCUUGAUACGAGAGUCUGGAAUAGAUAUCGUGCGGCACAUGCAAGUGAGAAAAGACAGGAUACAAGAUAUGGUGUCCGAUAUUUUAAAUAUUCCAAGGAAAAUUCUACAAUGGGACUACGAUGCAAGAUGCAGAUAUGUAGAAUGUGGAAAGAAAGGGACACAAACGAUCCAUAGGGCUCGUGCUAUGAUUGUUGGGUGUGCUGGUGCCGGUAAAACUACCCUGCUGAAAAGGUUACAGAAGAUAUCUCUUCAUGAAUUACAACAGGUUCAAUCUACAAUAGGCCUAGAAGUGCAUGAGGAUAUUUUUGAAGCUUCUAAGGAGAAAGAUUUUCUAAAUGCUGUCGAAGAAGAAGAUAAAGAAGGGAAGGCACUGUUGAGUGUCAUGGAUUUUGGAGGCCAGUGUGCCUACUACGCCUGUCAUCAGGUCUAUCUCACCAGAAGAGCCUUUUAUCUACUCGUGAUAGAUAUGUCAAAAUCUUUUGACGAGAAAGUUGAUCCAGCGCUUUGUGAACAAGAGGGGACUAUGUUUGCUGACUGGACCUAUGGGGAGUACAUCCUAUUUUGGCUGAAGUCUGUUUAUACCUAUUGUGAAAGUAAUGCUCCAGUUGUCAUCGUAGGAACUCAUUUUGAUAAAGUCAAAGGCCAGAAUUCUGAUACGUUUUACAACAAAAUACUGGACCACUUGCAGUUCAACAAACAUUUGAAGGGACAUUUAGACCGAAAGAGGUGCUUCGUUCUUGGUUUCCAUGAAGAUGGUACACAUUUUUAUGAUACACUUUCUGACUUAGAAAAGUGUAUCAUCGAAAUUGCAAGAGAGGAAAGAUGGAAAGAAAACAUCCCCACCGACUGGGCUUUAUGUGAGGUUGUCUUUCGAGAAUUGAGAAAAGAAAGGUCAAAAAUGAUAUCAUUCAAGGAAUUAUCCAAAAAUUGCUACGGCGGAAAUGAAGUUAAAAGUGGGCAAAUGGGAGACGUCCUGAAAUUUUACCAUGACAUUGGGGUCAUCCUUUACUUCAAUGAGGGAGCACUGUCUGACACAGUAAUCCUUGAUAUCCAGUGGUUCAUUGAUUCCUUAAAAAACGUUAUUACAGACCCGAACCACGUCAGGGAUGUUGCAGAAAACAGGCGUGAGUGGUUGGAUUUUUACACGAGUGGUCAUAUCUUGGACACACUUUUGACCAACAUAUGGAGAUUGAGAAACUUUGCAUCGGAUUUCUGGAAUAGAUACCAGUACAAAGAACAUCUUCUCCAAUAUAUGGAACGUCUUGGUUUAAUUGCUGUUGGUACAGUUGCUCAUUAUAUUCCGUGUACGAAUAAGCGCACAUUUGGACGUGCUGAGGAAAACUAUUUCCACUCGUUGGAAAACAAAACGUCUGUGUUAGUCUUCCGAUUUGAUUUCUUGCCAUAUUUUUUCUACUUUCGUCUGAUCGUUUCCUGCUUGACGAAGACCAACAGAGAAUGGAGAGUUUUACAAGACAAAGGGCUUUGUCUUUACAAAAACGUUGCUUGUUUUGCGUAUAAGCAACAUGCAGUAGCUUUGGCCGUGAACCCUUCCUCCAUACAACUUCAGGUUUUUCAACCAACAAAUACUCUGGUUACCAAAACAAUUGUGUUGGAAGUUCGUAACAUUAUCACAGAUUUAUUAAAUGAUUUGCUUCAGAAUUUUCAUAAAAAAAUCGACAUGUACACUGUUGGUUUCCAAUGUUCAAAGCAGGAAGUAUUUCACGAACUUGAUGAUUGCUUCGUUGAAGAAGAGGAGCUGUUAAAGAAGGGGACUAUGCUCUGUCCAAACCAUGAACUGAAUAACAGCCACAUGUUACUUGAAUCAAUUCUUCUAUCUUACUGGAAUUUGGAUGUACUUGCGGAGCUAACAGACCCAGACGCUCUAGUUGAAAAGGGAGCUUGUAGGAAUCUUUCUGAACUUAAAAUGAGAAUAUGUAGAUUUCAGUGUUUUGAAAAAAUAACAAAACUCGGCAGAGAAGCUCUUCAGAGAUACUUUGACAAAGUCUUUCCUGCAGUAGAGCUAUUUAAGUUACUUCAGAAGGAGAAAAAUAACUUACGUAGACAGUUCAAUACAGACCAGAGUGAUCUACUGUUUCCAGUUGAUAAAUCGAUUCCAACAUCUUAUGCAUUUGAUGUGACCAUUAUGUACAAACUGUUGAGGAACUACGGAAGAAACCUUCCUUCCCCGACCAAAGGCUGGGGGAAGACACCGGAACCGGGACAAAAAUCUCCAACUGAUGACGUAGAGAGGAUCCGAGUUUAUAGGAACCAGGUUGAACAUAAAACUCCGGCAACCAGUGUCAUGGAGAAAGAGGACUGUCGUGUGAAGUGGAGAGAUUUAUGUCAGGCAAUAUUACGACUCAGCGAGGGAAGCAUGGAACAAGAUAUUAUGAACCUGAGUCACCAAAGCUGAGAAAGUUACAGAGUCAUGUCACGUUCAUAACAAAGAUU